GCGUCCCUGAGGCUCGGAGCCAACCCAGAGAUGCGGCUGGGCCGGAAGGCCACCCGAGAUCAUCCACAGCUUUUGCUUGCACUCCCUCCUCCUCGCUCUGCCGUCUCCUGGAUUCACCCCAGCGACGCAAACUUGGUGAACAUUUGUAGAAAAAUUGCUGGGAUUUGGAGAGGAAAGACUGGACUUGGGAUCUUCCCUGGCUUUGAAAGUUCAUCUCUGACCUGAGACAAUCGGAGGAGGUAGAAGACAUAUUGGAAGGAAGAAAAGAAGGAAGCAAAGAAGACUUAGAGAUAAAACUAAAAGUGAACACUGCUGCUCUCAGGUUCUUGAAUGAAAUCCGUACAUCUACUCAUGAUGCAACUUCAGACAUUUUGGGUGUUGUUUUGAAGACCACAAUAACAAAGGUGCAUUCUCAAAUAGAAAAGUUUGGAUGGGAUCAAAAAUGAAUCUCAUCCAACACUCUCACUUACCUGCCACGGAUGAAUUUUCUCUUUCUGAUCAUUUAUUUGGUGUACUCACAGAACCAACAGCGGGCCCCCUGGGACAGAAUCUAGAAGUGGAAUCAUACUCACAAUACAACAAUAUUCAGUUUCCCCAAGUUCAACCACAGAUUUCCUCAUCAUCCUAUUAUUCCAACCUGGGUUUCUACCCCCAGCAGCCUGAAGAAUGGUACUCUCCUGGAAUAUAUGAACUCAAGCCAAUGCCAGCUGAGGCUCUCUACCAGGGAGAGACUGAGAUAGUAGAGAUUCCUGUGACAAAGAAGGCCCGAAUGGGCGCAUCAGCGGGGAGAAUAAAAGGAGAUGAGCUAUGUGUCGUUUGUGGAGACAGAGCAUCUGGAUACCAUUACAAUGCCCUGACCUGUGAGGGGUGCAAAGGUUUCUUCCGGCGAAGCAUCACCAAAAACGCCGUGUACAAGUGUAAAAACGGGGGCAACUGUGUGAUGGACAUGUACAUGCGGAGAAAGUGUCAGGAGUGCCGACUAAGGAAAUGCAAAGAGAUGGGAAUGUUGGCUGAAUGUAUGUAUAGAGGCUUGUUAACUGAAAUUCAGUGUAAAUCUAAACGACUGAGAAAAAACGUGAAACAGCAUGCAGAUCAGACCAUUAAUGAAGACAGCAAAGGACGUGACUUGCGACAAGUGACCUCAACAACCAAGCCCUGCAGGGAGAAAACUGAACUCACCCCGGAACAACAGACUCUCCUACAUUAUAUUAUGGAUUCAUACAGCAAACAGAGGAUGCCUCAGGAAAUUACAAAUAAAAUUUUAAAAGAAGAAUUCAGUGCAGAAGAAAAUUUUCUCAUUUUAACUGAAAUGGCUACCAGUCAUGUACAGAUUCUUGUAGAAUUCACAAAGAAACUUCCAGGAUUUCAGACGUUGGACCACGAAGAUCAGAUCGCUCUGCUGAAAGGGUCUGCAGUUGAAGCCAUGUUCCUCCGUUCAGCCGAGAUUUUCAAUAAGAAACUUCCGGCGGGACAUGCUGACUUGCUGGAAGAGAGAAUUCGAAAGAGUGGUAUCUCUGAUGAAUAUAUAACACCGAUGUUUAGCUUUUAUAAAAGUGUGGCAGAAUUAAAAAUGACUCAAGAAGAGUAUGCUCUGCUUACAGCAAUCGUUAUCCUCUCUCCAGAUAGGCAAUACAUAAAGGACAGAGAGGCAGUAGAGAAGCUGCAGGAACCUCUGCUCGAUGUGCUGCAGAAGUUGUGCAAGAUCCACCAGCCGGAAAACCCUCAGCACUUCGCCUGCCUCCUGGGCCGCCUGACUGAGUUGCGGACGUUCAAUCAUCACCACGCGGAGAUGCUGAUGUCGUGGCGGGUCAACGACCACAAGUUCACCCCGCUGCUCUGCGAAAUCUGGGACGUGCAGUGAUGAGUGCCGCAGGGGCGGGGCUGCCUCUCCGUUUUCCGCCUGUUAUAAGUCUGAUGUGUAACUUUCCCUUAUUUCAUUUGUACCUGGUUUCGCACCAGAAUUUUGAUGAGUAUUUAUGCAGUAAUUAUAUAACUUCCACAACUGUAAAUAGGGGGCUAGGUAGAAUUACUUUCUCUACUUUGUAUUUGACACGGCUUCAGGGAAUCUUUUAUUCUAAUUGGCAUGCCCUGUUUGCCUAAUAAAAUUGAUGAUUACUUCAAUUCUUUAUGUUGAAAUAGGGAAAAUCUCAUUUCGUUCUUCAUCUUCCCUUAUUGCAUAUAUUUUAUUAAACAGUUGUGUGUACUUUUGGCAAUAAACUGAACGUAAUGGCAA